GAGAGCUUCGCAUUGAUGAAGACCACUUUUUAUAUAUUGCACGCAUCCAUAUAACAGCAUCAGAGAGGAAAAAGGAAAGAAAAGAAAAGAAAAGUGAUUUUCGGAAGAAAAAUAAAAGAAAGAAAGAAAGUUGGGGCGCCAAUUACAAGUUUUGAGCUUUGCAUGUGUUUUCUUUCUUCCGUACAUUUAACCUCUGAACACAACAUCUCUCUCUCUUCUUCUUUUGUUGUCUUUCUGUUCUUAGAUCUCUCUCUCUAGGGUUUUUUUUUUAAAUUACUGUGUUUGAGGCCAUGCCCUUAUCCUUUGAAAGAUUUCAAGGGGAGGGGGUGUUUGGUGUUCCAUCUUUCUAUUCAGACUCUCAGAAAAUCUGGUUUAAUCAAGACAAAACCGGAAUCGGUAGAGAAGAAGCAGAAGAAGAAGAUCUUGGUUAUGUUGUCGGUGGUGGUUUACCGGAGCCGACGUCUGUUCUCGACGCUUUAAGGAGUCCCAGUCCUCUCGCUUCUCACUCUUCAACCACCACCACCACGACGCUGUCUUCCUCUCACGGCGGUGGUGUCGUCACCGCCACCGCAACCGCCGGUGAUGAUAAAUGUAGUCAAAUGGGUCUUGAUGAUCUUGACGGAGGUCUCUCUGCUUCUUCCCCUGGUCAAGAACAGAGCAUCUUGAGGCUAAUCAUGGACCCGGGUUCUGGUUUCGGUGUUUUUGACCCGGGUUUCGGAUUCGGAUCCGGGUCCGUCCCGGCGAGCGAAAAUUCGAAUCCUUUGUUAUCCUGUAGCUUCCCGUUUCAAGAGCAAGCUGCGAAUCCAGCAGCGUUGAUCAAUCCAAGUCCAAAUCAAAAUCAAAAUCCUUGCUUGUUCUCUAAUCCUCCGUCAACUCCACCCGCUAAACGGUUUAAUUCCGGAUCUCACCAACCGGUUUUCCCCUUCUCGGAUCCAGAUCCGGGUCACGACCCGUUUCUCGUUCGUCGUCAGCAACAGUUUCAGUUUCCGUUUCAGUUUCACCAGCAUCAACAAAUCCCGUCUUCUUCUUCCUCCGCGGCGGCUCUGGUUCCGGUUCCGAUUCCGCCGCCGGUAAUGGCCGGCGAUGACCAGUCAGUCAUCAUCGAGCAGCUGUUCAAUGCGGCCGAGCUAAUCGGAACCACCGGAAACAACAACAACGGCGACCACACCGUUCUCGCGCAAGGGAUAUUGGCGCGGCUCAAUCACCAUCUCAACAGUAACAACUACACCAACAAACCUCCGUUUCAAAGAGCGGCUUCUCACAUCGCCGAAGCUCUCCUUUCACUCAUCCACGACGCUUCACCACCGUUAAUCACGCCGGAGAAUCUGAUCCUCCGCAUCGCCGCUUACAGAUCCUUCUCUGAAACCUCGCCGUUUCUACAAUUCGUCAACUUCACAGCCAAUCAAUCGAUUCUCGAGGCCUGCAACGACGAAUUAGGGUUUGAAAGGAUCCACAUUAUCGAUUUCGAUGUCGGAUACGGAGGACAAUGGUCGUCUUUAAUGCAAGAACUAGCUUCCGGAGGAGGAGGAAGAAGAAGAAACAGAGCAUCUCUGAAAAUUACCGUCUUUGCUCCACCUCCUUCAACAGUCUCCGACGAAUUCGAGCUUCGAUUCACAGAGGAGAAUCUCAGAAGUUUCGCCGGAGAAGUCAAGAUUCCGUUCGAAAUCGAGCUAUUAAGCCUCGAGCUUCUUCUAAACCCAGCUUAUUGGCCUAUCUCUCUCCGUUCGUCGGACAAAGAAGCGAUCGCAGUGAAUCUCCCAAUCAAGUCCGUCGUCUCCGGUUACCUUCCGUUAAUCCUUCGUUUCAUCAAACAAAUCUCUCCAAACGUCGUCGUUUGCUCGGACAGAGGAUGUGACCGUAACGACGCGCCGUUUCCGAACGCCGUGAUCCACGCGCUUCAGUACCACACAACUCUGCUCGAGUCUCUCGAUGCCAAUCAAAACCAAGACGAUUCGAGCAUCGAGAGGUUUUGGGUGCAGCCUUCGAUCGAGAAGCUGCUGGUGAAACGACACCGUUGGAUUGAAAGAUCGCCGCCGUGGAGAAGCUUGUUUACACAAUGUGGGUUUUCUCCGGCGAGUUUGAGUCAGACGGCGGAGGCUCAGGCGGAGUGUUUGUUGCAGAGGAAUCCGGUGAGAGGGUUUCACGUUGAGAAAAGACAGUCUUCGCUUGUCAUGUGUUGGCAAAGGAAAGAACUUGUUACUGUCUCUGCUUGGAAAUGUUAGAAGAAACCAAAUCUUGCAUGUUGAUUUCUCUGUUUCUCUACUUAAUGAUUUUAAUCUUCUUUAUGUUGUUAUGCUGUUCUUAGUUUCGACUGUGUUGUUAACAUUUUAAGGAAGUAAGGAUAUAUAAUCAAAAUCUCCUUCUGUUAUGCCC